UCGCUCGGCUGGUAAGAGAAUGAGAGUUAGAGACAAACUACAAGUUAGUGAGCUCUUUACUAGCCUUUCAACAACGAGUUAGCACAGCAGAAUAGAUCUGUUGUGAAAUUACACCAAUGGGACUUCCUGUUUCAUACUGCAGGCCUGGGAAGUAAACACUUGCCUAAAAAUGAUGAACAUAGAGCACGAGGCUUUCUGCAAGCUCCGCCGCUCCAUGCACCCCACCUCCCCAGCUGACAUCGAUCCGAAGGUCCACAGCAUCGUGGAGAAAGCUGUGAGAAGCAUUCUGGGCGAGCAGUCCAAUGAGCCCCGUAGCAACCUGCUCAGCCCAUCUCAGGUGGUGGUGGAGGUGGUGCCCAGGCUCCUCCUGGCCCUGUGGCUUCAGCCAGAGGAAGGCCAUUCAGAGCACCCAAUCCUAAUAAGCGGGAUGGCCGUGGGCAUGGUGGCGGCCGUAGUGGAGAAGCUCUCCUGCAUGUUAAAGGACCCUUCCCCUCACAUCCCUUUCUCCCGGGCUGCUGCUUUUGACUCUGUGCGGUCGAUCCUCGGGAGAAUCAGUCAGUCCUUCUCCACCGAUGACCUGCAGAGCCCUUUUUAUAUCAGCUCUGUCUGUGGCUUUGUGGCUGACGAGGUGCAGAGCUGCUUCCAGCCCCCUGCAGCCACCCUACCAGUCCCCCCUGUGCUCACGGUGGCCGUUUCCACCACACUACCAGCUGGCAUCCAAGCAGACCCGGCUUCUUCCCACCUGGAGGUUGAGGACAUCACCCCUAAGAAAGAGGCAGAUCCGGCUUCUUCCCACCUGGGGGUUGUGGACAUCACCACUAACACAGAGGCAGAUCCGGGUUCUUCCCACCUGGAGGUUCAAGACAUCACCACUAACACAGAGGCAGAUCCUGCUUCUUCCAACCUGAAUGUGGUGGACAUCACCCCUAAUACAGAGGCAGCGCCCAUCUCUUCCCUCUUGGAGGUUGUGGACGUCACACCUGAAGAAAGGACUCUCACGAUGGCCGUCUUCGUCACUCUGCCAGCUGACAUCCAAGCAGGUGAGUAA